AUGACAUUCAACCUGUGGACCUUGGAAGGUAAACUGUACCUGAACACCUUCGGAUCGAACUCCAACUGGCCAAGAUGGAACCUCGUUGUUAGUAUUACUUACAAUGGCGGCGACGGCUAUACGACGGCAGAUGAUGGAGGGGAAACAUAUGGAAGUGAAAACCCCCGAGCGCGGAAAACGUAA